AUGCGUGAGGCUAUCUGCAUUCACAUCGGCCAGGCCGGCUGCCAGGUCGGUAACGCGUGCUGGGAGCUCUUCUGCCUUGAGCACGGCAUCCAGCCCGACGGCUCCAUGCCCUCUGACAAGUGCAUUGGUGUUGAGGAUGACGCGUUCAACACCUUCUUCUCGGAGACCGGAGCUGGCAAGCACGUUCCUCGCUCCCUCUUCCUGGACCUCGAGCCCACGGUCGUGGACGAGGUGCGCACUGGGAACGUACCGCCAGCUGUUCAACCCCGAGCAGCUGGUGUCUGGCAAGGAGGAUGCGGCGAACAACUACGCUCGUGGUCACUACACGAUCGGCAAGGAGAUCGUGGACCCACCAGCCCCUCUCCCUCCCUCCCUCCCUCCGUGUCUCUUGCGGCAUGUGCGUGCGUCUGUGGUGGUGCCAAUUCCAUCUCCCGAAGUACUCCGCACAUCCGGUGUCCCUCUUACUUUGUUGCUUCCUUACGAUUCUUAACCCCUCACACUUGUAGGCUGUUGUGCGUGCGUGUGGCUGCCCACUUCAUCACGCCUCCACCAACUCUCGCACCGCGCCGCCAAAGGCCGCCGUUGCACACGCACUCCUUUUCGUAUUGUGAGGCGGUCAGUGCACAGAGGGGGGAGGGAGGAAGAGAGGCAGAGACACAUGCUGUCGCACCCUUAUUCUCCUCGUCAUGCGUUUCGGCCUAG